CUUUCUUUCGUGAGCGCGCACCAGGAGCUAUCCAGCAGCGUCCCGAUCUGCGCUCCUCUCGUCCGACUCUGUCUGCUUUCGUGUAGCUAGGAAUGAGCAGCGAUGGCCAGCUCCGCCAGCGAGGAGAAAACCUUCCGUAGAUUCUUGGAGCUCUUCCUCCGCGAGGUGCGCGGGCCACCAGGGGAUGAGGAACCGCUGCCGUUGCGGCCGCUGUCCGACUUCAUCUCAGAGGACGAGGUAGAAGGGGAGUGCCUGGACUUGUGUCUGCAGCACCUCUGUAAAUAUAACUGCCCAUUCUCACUGGCAGCGGCAUUGGCUCGAGCAACAGCAGAUGAGAUUCUGCAAAGUGACCUGACAGCUCAGAAUAUCAUCAAGCAGGUGGAGAGUACAGAAGAAAAUACACAGCUGGACUCCACAAAGUUGGCCAGAAUGGUUUUCAGUAAGUUACAUGAGAUAUCCUGUUCUUGGAUGAAGGAUUUCCCACGACAGAAGAGAGUUCAAGCCUACUAUGAAACCUCUAUUCAUGCUAUCAAAAAUAUGCGUAGGAAAAUGGAAGACAAACAUAUUGUCAUUCCAGACUUUAACACCCUCUUCAACCUCCAGGAUCAAGAAGAGCAGGCCUACUUUGCUGUAUUUGAUGGCCAUGGUGGAGUGGAUGCAGCUAUCUAUGCUUCUAAUCAUCUUCAUGUUAACCUGGUUCGACAAGAAAUGUUCCUUCAAGACCCUGGUGAGGCUUUGUGCCGGGCCUUUAAGCUGACAGAUGAAAGGUUUGUCCAGAAAGCAGUCAGAGAGAAUCUGAGAUGUGGGUCUACAGGGGUUGUUACCUUCAUACGAGGGAAUAUCCUACAUGUAGCAUGGCUUGGAGAUUCCCAGGUCAUGCUUGUGAGACGUGGUCAGCCUGUCGAGUUAAUGAAACCCCACAAACCUGACAGGGAGGAUGAGAAGCAACGAAUUGAAGCCCUUGGAGGUUGUGUGAUCUGGUUUGGUGCCUGGCGAGUUAAUGGCAGCUUGUCUGUUUCUAGAGCAAUCGGUGACUCUGAACAUAAGCCAUAUAUCUGUGGUGAUGCUGAUCACAUUUCUGUGCCUCUGGAUGGCACAGAGGACUACUUGAUCUUAGCUUGUGAUGGCUUCUAUGACACAGUGAGCCCAGAGGAAGCUGUUAGGGUGGUCUCAGACCAUCUACAGGAGAACAAUGGUGACAGCUGCAUGGUUGCACAUAAGCUAGUAGCCUCAGCACGUGAUGCUGGCUCUAGUGACAACAUCACUGUUAUUGUUGUCUUUCUGCGGGACCCUGCUGCAGCUCCAAAUGUGGAAGAAGAGGAUGGGGAGGAAGAGAAGGAAGAGCCUUGGCAGGGAGGGGAAUCUUUUGAAGGUGGGGGUGAUCAGAGUAGUGAGAACCAAGUUGAGGACAGUGGCAGUAAGGGAGGAGGGACAUGGCCCUUACACCAGUGCUCUGCUCCAGCUGAUCUGGGAUAUGAAGACCGCAUGGACUCUUUCACUGAUAGAACUAGCCUGUGCUUGGGCCCCAAAUUCAGCCUGCCUCAGGAUGAAGGCUAUAUACACCUCCCACCUGUUGGUGAAGAGGAUCCCCCAACCAGGUCUUUCCCUACUGCUCCUGCACUGGUGUCUCUCCCAGGACCAGGAACUGCUUGGCGCCCUCCCAGAGAAGAAGGUCUAUCUGCUUAUGGACUUCGGAAAUCCCAGUGGGCCUCAAAGCCCCAUCUCCCCACCUACAGUUGCACCCCCUCUUUGGGACACUGCCUUGAAACAGCUGCCCUCCUCACAAGAGACAGGAGACGGUCAAGACGACUCUCCUCUGUCUUUAAGAGAGGGCGCCUUGGUUUACGCUGUUGGAACAGAGAGCUGAUCCCCUUUCUGCCUAUAAGCAGCAGUUCAUUUCUCUGGACCUGUAUGCAGGCAGCCAGUAUAGGCACUCCUGAUCUUGUCCAGUGCUGUCAUAUAUAGGAGAAUAAGCUCUGUGUCCUGUAGCGUCUACGUUAGCUAGUGUAGUGAUGCCUCCUUGAGACCCAGAUGGGACACUGUGGCUCUUUUAUUCAUUCAAGACCCAAGCCACAUCACAGAAACAUGACCCCAGACAGUGAGAAGCUGCAAUUUCUCUCCAUGAACUAAGUCACAAAUGAAAGUUCUCCACACCUUUGUGUCCUUAAUGACAGGCGCAUUGAGUCUUUUUUUUUUUUUAAUUUCUAGGCAGGUUGCACUUUCAACUAAAGAGCUCUGAUGCAGGACUGCAGGGUGCAAAGGCAACGUCAGGCUUCCUGUUUCUGCUCUGUCCACUGUCUCUGGUGCUGAUGGGAAGUACAUUCUCAAAUGACUCAUUACCCCCAGCCCCAGAGUACACUUUGCAGUUCUGCCACAACCAUCAGAUACCAUUAUUGAAUUCUGCCUCUUUCAGCCCCAUCUUAUUAAAAGCCACUGGUCACAAACAGAUGUGCGUCUCUGACCGUCCCUGCUGAAUCCAGACGCAAACUACACAAAUCUGUGUCACUAGAAAAUGGGGAGCAAGAAGGGUGCAGAGCUGGUGUCACUUCUUGCACACUUGGAUCCUCUUUAGGAGUCUAGUUUGGUGGCUUUUGUUUUCCUGCUGUCUUACGUGACUACAGCAGGCUGGCAUUAUGUUGCAGCAUUAACACUUAAAUGAGCAUCUGCAUAAUCAUCGAUAUCAAAAUCUUAAAUCAUCUUUAGAUUCAGAGAAUAAAUAUGAGAGCAUUAUGAAACAAAGCAAUAAAAAAUAACUCAUGUUAGCAAAUGCAAGAUUUAAACUUUUGAACAAGCGAGAUGAUUUAAGAAUUGUAAACGAGAGAGGACUGGAUGGCCUCUUCCAGGAGAUUGCUGGCCAGUGCAAAGCUGCCUUAGAGUCAGAAAAAGAUUGAGGAGAACAUUUAUCUCCGGCAUGCCCCUAACCCCCGCCCACCUCCCCCCACCCCAUAUGCCCACCAUUUUUUAAUCAGGAAACAUUGCAGAAACCAACUUGGGGGCAGUGGCUGCUGCAGAAUGGAAGCAGACUUUCUGGGGUGUUUUUCUUUUUCUUCUUUUUUUUUUAGCUCCUCAGAUUGGGACUUUGAUUUGAAUGGUGGAGGCCCUGGUGGCCAGUAGGAGUGGACAGUCUGCCAGAAGCCCACUGGGAGAGCUGCUUCAUGGUGCCUUCUGGACCACUCUCUAAGUAAAGCUACAGAUGCCUGCCUUAGAGUGCAAUCUUGGAGAAUGGGGACUUGUUCAAACACAGGAGCAGCCCUAAGAGAGGAAGAGAAAGAGAUAAUGAGGCCCUCAUCCCCCAGAUAAGAUGAUCUGGUUGCUUUAGACAGUAUGAUUCUGUUUCCAAUUUGACCCUGAAAAGCCCUGGAAAACUAUUUCCAAACACUUUGGAAGGUAGGUAUGGUGUGGACCCUUCCUGCCCUUGGACUCGCACACACUGUGAAGGCACCUCCAGAAGCCAUUGACAUGGGUGCUGUCACCUCAUUGAGAACUUGGGAACCUAAAGCCUUGGAGGCCACAUGCUCUGUACAACCCUUAUUUCUCCUUUAGAAGGUUGCAUAUUAUACAGUAUAUUGAUAUACAUGAAAUAUUUAUGUGUUCAUGUGUGCGCGAGUGUGUGUGUGGGUGGGUGUUUGUCUCAUAUCUAUAUUAAUACAGUUAAACCGCAACACAUUGAUCUCUUAGACAGAAUUCUUUAGCUAGAUUUAAACAUAGUAUUAUGAGGACAGGCCAAGUGAUGAACAGAGCAACAGUGUGACUUAUGGAAUGAGAAGUCCCUACAAAUAUGAGCCAGUGUUGUUGUACACAUUUGGGCUUCCCAGGGAAAGGCCAACAUGUUGAAGAACAUUAGCUAGUAUAUGGUUAUUUCCAUGAGAUGAGUCCACUCCAUUUGCUUUUGCUAGCGCCAGUCCACUUGGUGGGUAAAGGUGGGCAGUAUCUGUUCUACUAAUCCACCAGUGGGUGAUCCCAGGUGAAACGCUUUGGGAGAUGACCCCCCUGAAUCUAUUUUCUAGAAUCCUAGAAUCUAACUUCAGUAUACUGUUUUUAUUUAUGAAUAAAUAAUACAUUGUCAUACCACAAGAACUAAUCCCUACCCAUUUUCUUGCAUCCUCAUCAAAAUAUCUGCCAAAUGUGGAGGGAGCUAGUUUCAUGGAUUCCACACUUGAGCCCACAGAGCAUAUAGUGGUUGAUGUACAACUUACAGAUUAUGACAUAUAUCAGCCAACAAUGAUGGCUCACUAGACAUAACUGAUCAUAGCUCUAGACAGCAAUCCAAAGUAUUUUCCUGCUUUGCCGCUGUCAGUUGGUGUCUCCAGUUGUCCAACUUACUGAGGGAUUAUAGACUUGAACGCUAAACACACCUUGUUCCAAGUAGUGAAGAACCGCUGCUGAUCAAAGUGGCACAGAAAAUAGCAACAAGUAGACAUCAUGUUCUGUAGCAGAGGUUUAUCUGUAGCAUAUCUGCCCUUCCAUUGUCCUCCACUCUUCCUUUCUCACGGCUAAGCUCUGCCGUUACCUUUUCCAUUCCACUCCACAUGGCUUUGUCCCUUCUCCUUUCUUUCAAGUUUUCCCUUGUAUGUGACAAUUCUCAUAUCCUAUCAUGUGCCCAGGCCUGUCCCUUAAACCGUUUCCCGAAUACUCAGUGCUAAUAGUGAUUCCAGCCCCUAGAACAGAAUAAUGCUUGUCAAGCGCUGUGUUUAACUGUUUGCCACUGGCAUUUGAAAGUGACUCUUCUUUGUUUCAUUUCCAGUAUUCUGUGCCCAUGUAUGUGGCUGCUUGCUCCUGUAAGCAAUAAAAACCUUGAGCCACAGGUGGUGGAGUGCUCCUUCAUUGGUUUGUCUGCCAGGGCUUAGUAGCUGCCCUCUCACUCUUUCUAUUCCGUAUUAUCUCUUUUGUUUUGUUCAACCUCAUGUGAGGUUCAGUUUUUCAACUGCAGUCUUAUGGUGCCAUGACAUAGAAGCUGAAAGGGCAGUGAAAGGAGCCCUAUAGCCUGUUUUGUAACUGGCCUUUGUCCUGUAAUAAGUGAUACUUUAAGGAUUUACUGGUAAGGUUGAUGAAUAACAGGCUCCCCCUGUAAUGCCAGUGGCCCAGAAGAGAAGGCUACCAUCGUGCCCGUGACAAUAGCCAGGUGUCAUGAAGCCCUUUUUGGGUGGCAUUCCCACUAUUUGUGGUUGUGAUCAGGUAAUUCUCACUGUCGCCAUUGGCCUUGUCUGUCCAUUCGUAAAGAGGAUGGUUCAUUUUAGGCACGGCCAUGCUCAAUCAGUUAUGUCCACCUAGGAGCCUACCAGUUGUCUUGUUGUGCCAUUUGUCAUUCUCAGGACAAACCUAUCGGAUGAGCUAUCUCUCGCCUGUUGGUUAGAUUACAAGUGAAUGUUCUGUAACUUCUGUGCUCGAUCGGUAUCUAUCUGGUGACUAUUAUCCUGUAUAAAAGUUAGAUAAAAGUAUUUCU